AAUUUUCACCAAUAAAAAAAAACUACGAACGAAACGAUCAUCCAAUUAAAGCUUUCUGGAAUCUCUUCGCUCGCAGCAAAAAGUCCCCACAAAGCCAAGUGCAGUUCACACGCCCUAAAUAAAAGACAUCGAUAUUCGGCAACAAGUCGUCAAUUGCCGUGAUCGCAGUUGUUCCCCGUUCAGCCCGUUGGUAAAGCAAUCCGUGUUGCGGGUUUCGCAUAGCUGCACCUUCUUGUUAUUUUUUCUGUGCGCGGAAACUUCCCGUAAAAGCAUUCACCAUAGGGCUAUCCGAGACAGCCGUGAUGGAUAUAAUGGCCUCGAAUCUGCAGCAGCAACGAGCAAUCACCGAGCAGCUCCGGCGCGAAGCUGCCAUCCAGCGCAUCACGGUGUCGCAGGCCGUGGCGGACAUCGUGAAGUACGUGACGGAGCACCAGGCCGAGGACUGCCUGCUGGUCGGGUUCUCCAGCCAGAAGGUGAACCCGUUCCGCGAGAAGAGCUCCUGCAGCAUUCUGUAAGCUUGCCUGCACGAUGGAUGCUGCACUACUCGUUAGUUUUGCCCCCAUUUCUGCCGGAAUGUAGGAAACAGAUCCAGCGGAAGGAACAGCUCUAUCGUCACCUGGCGCGAUGACGUCAUCCGGAAAAAAGAGGGUGAGGAGGUAGUGUAGGAAGCAUGCUCAAAAUUGUACCGCCAAGAUAAAUUGAUGUGUUAAGUGUCUAUUUGGAAAUGGAGUAACCGUGCCCUCCCCGGUAAAAUGCAACAAGAGAAACGCACACAACAAUUCCGUAAAUCAGCCUGCAGCGAAUGUUGCUCGUACAACAGUUUGCAAAACAGGAAGCGCAACAGUUUGUUGCUUCGAAUGUCACCCGACUACUAACAUCGCUACCACCAACUCCAUAUCUCAUCCCACUCCAACCUCGACGCUUCUCGUAGGAUAAUGUAAAGCAUAGCAAAGAGCUCAACGCCAUCAAAAUUAACUAUACCACCAAAUGGUGCGGUAGAGUAGAAAUUGCAACCUCCUCAACACAGCCUGAUCAGAAAAUUCAAUCCAACCAUAUUUACCGUCACCACCGGAACCACCGCUUAUACAACCGUAUACAGGAGGAUGAUGGGUGGACAUCUACCUACCCCAACUAGUACCGUGUUUUUAUAGAAAUUUUACUCCAGUACAGUAACCACCCGUGUCACCAAUUGCUAGAAAGGCAAAGUAGAAGAAAAAGGGCAAAAUGCAUCUCUCUCUAUAUAUUAAAACUAACCAACAGACUGGAGUUUUCUCAGACGCUUCCAUUCGUUUUUAAAACCUACACGUAUACUGAAGGAUGGUGAUAGAAAGAAAGGAAUUGCUAAAGUGCUGCUAUCACGCUUUCCUAUCCAUUUUUCAGAAAGCAGGAAUCUCAUUAGCCAACCAAAAACUCAACAAAAAAGCAAACCAAAUAUUUAGAAAAAUGUUCGAUACAAAAACAAUGCUUCUUCUUCCACCAUAACAAACAUCAAAAGCAAAGGAGCAAAUUUAACAUCAACACUACAAGAAAUGGGUAAAGCAACACAGGACAAAUAAGGUAACCAUAACCACCACCACUUGCUCUCGGUUCAAAGGUGUAGUAGGCCAACAAUUAGACUUUAUAUAGCUGCUGACUGUCGUCGGUGUUGUACAAGUAUAUUAGGGAAAGAAAGCGCGUGGAAAAGCAAAAAUCAAUGUUACUUCUAUAUUAUAUUUACCACACUACUGACACACUCACACAUACAUACACCACACCCAACAAAUCCGCCCGUUGGUUCCAGUGGCCGAUGGAGCGCGAUGUCACGCUCGUCCCCCUACCAGCAGCGUGUGUGGGGUGUUGUUAGCCAGGGUCCGGGUUGGUUUUUCCGACCGGUUUCUUCCCUACUGGCUAGCCAACACGCAAGCGAUCGAUUGUUGCGGAAUGGCUCGAAUCGCGGACGGCAGCGGCGCCGGGUGGAAAUAAUAUGUAAGCGUGCAACAAUACAAAAAAAAACUAAUAAACAGUGGACUAUUUAAAUGUGUCGUGUAAAAA